CUCCUAGCCGUCGGAGCCGUCAGUGUGCGCGCCGCGGAGAGCCAGACAGACAGACAUCUUGUAGUAGAUAAAGUUUAGCGGCGUGUGGUGUUUUUUCGACCGUGGGUGUCGGUGUCACGGUUUCGUGUCGCGGUCGCGAUCGCGGUGCUCGUCGUCAUAACGGUGUCGUCGCCGUCGCCGUCGCCGUCGUCGUGGUCAUCGCCGCCUUCGUCGUCGUCGUCGUCGCUGCCGCGCCGUCGUCGUCGACGUUGUUGUAGUAGUAGUAGUACCAGUACCCAUUGUAUACUUCCCGUGUGUUCACGUAUCGCGAUCGCCGUCGUUGCACCUAGGUAUCGUGCCCGUUGUAGUAGUCGUUGGCUCGGACGUCCGCCGUGUCACCGGAGAGGUCGAUCGUGUUGUUCGUGCGCUGGUACCGCGGUUGCGAGACCCCGUCGUGCGGGCCGUGCAGCUCGCGUGGUCCAGCGAUCCUGUUACUCGCCCCGCAAAAGGCGUUGGUGGUACCUUUUCCUCGGCAGUGAGGGAGAGAGAGAGAUAAAGAGAGAGACAGAGAAAGAGAGAGAGGGAGACAGAUAGAAAGCGGUGAAACAGCGAGCGAGCCGAGGAAGCGAGAGAAGUAAGAAGAGGACGGACGGACGGACGGACACAGAGGCGAGAACGUAGUAAAUACCGCGGUACAUACACCAGGGGAGAGCGAGAGGGACACGGCAGAAUAAUUUCUCACUCCGCAAACGCCCAAUGAACAACGCUACGGAGCCACCGAUGUACCGCAUCGUGCGAUAACUUCCGUCACCUCUCCGACCCCCGUCUCCUCCCUCCCCUGUUCCGUGCGUAUGUAUGUGUGUGUGCCGCGCCGGGCUCUCGAGGUGAAAAUACCGCCCUCUCCUUCCACCCAACCCCCCGAUUCGAGAGAAGAAGGUGCCUGCCUGCCGCGCGAGUGACUACGGGAACCGUUUGAGAAAACAGGGAGAAAAGUAGACGUAAGGGACAAACGGUGACAGAGUGACACAGUGAUAGAAAGAGAGACGACUCCUGUGCGCGACCGGGUGGUGAAACAGGAAGAGUGAAACGCAGGGAGGAGAGAGAUCGAGGAGGAGAAAGAGAGCGAGAGGCCGGCGCCCAACCGUCAACCAUCCUGAUACAGCAUGACCUCGAACGACUCGGAGAAGCUCUCGACGACGGAACGAGUGAUCCAAAAUGUGCCCUUUCCGCCGUCGCACAAACUGACAGUGUCAGAGGUGUUCGACGCGCGGACGGAACGGCCGCGGCCGGAAAUCCUCAAGCAUCACUUUAUCCUCGAAGGUAGGAUCGACGAAGCGGCGGCCCUUCGCAUAGUCAACGAUGGAGCCGCCCUUCUUCGCUCGGAGAAGACCAUGAUCGACAUCGAGGCCCCAGUCACCGUAUGCGGCGAUAUUCAUGGCCAGUUUUACGACCUGAUGAAGUUAUUCGAGGUGGGCGGGUCACCCUCCACGACGAAGUAUCUCUUCCUCGGCGACUACGUGGACAGGGGUUAUUUCAGUAUCGAGUGCGUAUUGUACCUGUGGGCACUUAAGCUGUGCCACCCCACAACACUGUUUCUCCUCAGAGGCAACCACGAGUGCCGUCAUCUCACGGAAUAUUUCACGUUUAAGCAAGAAUGUAAAAUUAAGUACUCCGAGAGGGUGUACGACGCGUGCAUGGACGCGUUCGACUGUCUCCCGUUAGCGGCACUGAUGAACCAACAGUUCCUCUGCGUGCACGGCGGACUGUCGCCGGAAAUUCACAAUCUAGAAGACAUACGCAAAUUGGACAGGUUCAAAGAGCCGCCGGCGUUCGGCCCGAUGUGCGAUCUACUCUGGUCGGAUCCCCUCGAGGACUUCGGCAACGAGAAGAACGCGGAACACUUCUCCCAUAACAGCGUCAGGGGUUGUUCGUACUUUUACAGUUACGCGGCAUGCUGCGAUUUCCUGCAGAACAACAAUCUGCUGAGUAUCCUAAGGGCGCACGAGGCACAGGACAAUGGUUACCGCAUGUACCGGAAAUCGCAGCUGACGGGCUUCCCAUCGCUGAUCACCAUCUUCAGUGCGCCCAACUAUCUCGACGUUUACAAUAACAAGGCGGCUAUUCUCAAGUACGAGAACAACGUGAUGAACAUCAGGCAGUUCAACUGUUCACCGCAUCCAUACUGGCUACCAAACUUCAUGGACGUUUUCACGUGGUCGUUGCCAUUUGUAGGUGAAAAGGUCACAGAGAUGUUGGUGAACGUGUUGAACAUCUGCUCGGAUGACGAGCUAAUGAGUGACGGAGACGACGGGCUCGAAGAAGAUGUCGCAGCGAAAGUCGUUGUCCAAAAAAAGAACGCGUCGCAAGCCCUGACACCCGCAAAUUUAACUCGCGAAAGCUUAGGCAAGCGGAAACACAACGACACCGGGACGAUAUUCUCACGUGCAGCAGCCAAUCUACGCAAGGAGGUAAUCAGAAACAAGAUCAGAGCCAUUGGCAAGAUGGCCCGCGUCUUCUCCGUCCUAAGAGAAGAGAGCGAGAGUGUGUUGCAGCUGAAGGGAUUGACACCCACUGGAGCUUUGCCUCUUGGCGCGUUAUCAGGUGGCAAGACAUCAUUAAAGAACGCUCUCCAAGGUUUCUCGCCGAACCAUAAGAUCACCUCGUUCGCCGAGGCGAAGGGUCUCGACGCUAUAAACGAAAGGAUGCCGCCUAGAAAGGACGCGCCGCCCACGCCGGUAAACGAGGAGAAGCCAGUGAUAAAGCCGCCGACUCCUGCGGGAGACAAGCGAGACCACAACACGCCGCAACCGCAAUCGUGAGCCUCACACUCGUCCAAUCAAGGUGGCAACGAUGGGUGUUAAGGGCCCAGUGCUGUAGCCGCCACCGUCGAACGAUCGAAACCAUCGCUCGUCUCUCCACCCCGGUCGUUGUCACGGCGUUCAACGAGCCGAGUGGACGCCGUCGCGAUCAGGAAGACCGUCGACGAGGGGGAAAGAACGACGGCCGUCGUCGUCGACGCAUUUGUUGCGCGCGUCCCGGCAGUCGUUGUUGCGACAGGUGUCCCCAGCGACGAUGGAGGUGCAGCACGUCGACGACGGGUCGCCCGGCUCCGCUCGGACCGAGGCGAUGCGUGUUCUCCUCGCGGGAGGAGCUGCGCGCCCGUCGCUGCCCUCUCGUCUCAUUCAUCCUCUUCCUCCCUGCGGACGACGACUCGAGCGACGACCCUCUCCUCCUGCCGCUCUCCGAUCGGUGGAUCGCGGCCACCUAGGAACCGAGACGCGAGUUCUGACCGAGGAACCCGCUCGCAGGGAGAGAAGCAAGGGAUCUCCGUGUCUACGCUCGUGGCAGGGCGAAACCGAAGGUAUCGUCGAGGUAUAUUAAACCAAAAUCGUAAUUUUAAUGGGAGAACGAAGAAACGAUCGCGUCGCGCGCGUAGACAGGGAGAGCAAUUUUUAUCCGUGAUUUCUAUGUAAGAGAAAAGCUGUACGUAGCUUCGCGAUCGCGCAUCUCGGACCGGAUACGGCGAGAGAAAAACGGGAAAUCUGCUUUUUCCGAGCGAGCAACGAUCGAGGCAAGAGAGAAAAAAAAAUAUAACCACGGACGAGCAGUCUCCGCCAAAGAUAAAAAGAAUGUACACACGCGCAUAGUUAAAAGAACGAGGUGUGAGCGAUAGGUAGGACGACGAGCGUGUAGCAGUAAAAAGAGGCGACGAGAG